AUGGGGUACCGGCACAUUGACGGCGCACAUGCAUACGGGAAUGAAAAGCAUAUUGGGGAAGCUAUAAAGGAGAACGGUAUUCCACGGAAGGAGAUUUUCGUAACGUCAAAACUGGCACAGACAUGGCAUGACCCCGGACAUAUAGAGACGGCGUUAGAAGUCUCUCUGCAAGAUCUGCAAUUGGACUUUGGCAAGAUCCUGGUGGAAUCCAAGCUGCGCCUUCUGUCCCCCAUGCAUACAAAGCUGGGGAGAACAACGAGACCAUUAGGCAUCCCAGUGGCAAUGGCAAGGCAUGUCCUGAUCAGACAACGUGCCUGUCACAAGAACACUAGAGCACAGGACUUAAAACGUCUUGUGGACUCAGGAAAAGCCAACGCGAUUGGAGUUUGCAACUUCAACAUCCUGAAGACCAAACGACUUCUAGCAACCGCGCGGAUCAAACCAGCCCACGAACUGAUGGAUUUCUCUGCAAAGCACGGAUUCCUCCUCGUGGCACACCGACCACUCGGCGGCCGGCCAGUAUCAGCUGUGAGAGGACACCCUAACCAGAGCCCUCCAACAGAGGAUCCGACUAUCGCAUAUGUGGCCUCCAGCUGCGACAUGUCACCAGCCCAGGUUUGUCUGUCAUGGGCAGUUCAGCGAAGCAUCUCUGUGAUUCCCAAGUCGACCCAGACAACGCACCUGAGAAGCAACAUGGAAGUGCGCAAGCUACCUGACGAGCUAUUCAACCUUGUAGACGGUCUGGCUGCAUCGCAUUUUGGUGGCCCAGUUCGGUUCCUGGAUCCCAGUCGGCACAUCGGCUUCGAUAUAUUUGAUGAAGGAAAUGAGCAGCCAACUACGGAUUCUGCACCCUGGGGUUGA